AUGGUUUGCACGGGGUGUGUCGAACGCCCAAACGCCGACUGCAGCCUCGAGGAGGUUGUCCAAUGCGUCCACCCUUCGGACACACCGCAGCCUUCCCGGCGCGACCAUGCCCCGCACUUUCUAGUCCCCGGCCGGGCCAGUGGACCUCUGCUCUACAGCAACACACCGUUGUCAAUAUGGGGCGGCGUGUCGCCAUCAGACGGCGUCGUCCUCGACGUGCAUCACCCACUACACGGCCGCACCAUCGCUGGAGGUGUCCUCGCCAUCCCGCACGGACGCGGCUCGUGCUCGGGAAGUCUCGGAAUGCUGGAGCUCAUUGUUGGCGGACACGGACCGGUCGCCAUCGUGCUCGCAGAACCGGAUCCGAUCCUGGCCCUCGGUGUGCUCGUCGCCCAGGCAGUGUUUUCGCGCUCAAUACCCGUAGUGGUCCUGGGCCAUGAGGCAUUCGCCCGACUGGAAGCAAAGGACGUCGCGACAAUCUCGCCUGGGCUCCUCAACGCCAGUGCACCGGGAUCAACCGUGGCAAUCCCUCUUCAGCCAGCCUCAGUCGACCGCCACCUUGAGCUGAGCACAGAGGACCGCGCCGUUCUCACCGGCGAGCGUGGCGAGGGAGCACGCAAGGCCAUGGAGCUGGUGACCGCCGUCGCGAGACUGGAGGGCGCGGAACGGCUGUUGGACGUAGAGGCCGCCCAUAUCGACGCCUGCAUCUAUGUCGGCCCCGCAACGCUUGAAUUUGCCAAACACUUUGCAACCACAGGCGCCAAAUUCGCUGUAAAAACGACCCUCAACGCCAUCAGCGUCGACCGCAGACAAUGGCAAGCGCAAGGCAUCGACCCAGAGUUCGGUCAGGCCGCAACCAGCCUCGCCGACGCGUAUCUCUCCAUGGGAGCCGACCCCGGCUCGCUCACCUGUGCUCCGUACCUUCUUCCCAAUGCCCCGAAACGCGGUGCACAUGUGGUGUGGGCCGAGUCAAACGCCGUGGUGUACGCCAACAGUGUCAUCGGAGCGCGAACGCAAAAGUAUCCAGACAUGCUGGACGUUCUGGUCGCCAUCACCGGUCGGGCGCCCGCCGCUGGGUGCCACCUGGACGAACCCAGACGACCUACACUUUGUAUCCGUGUCGACCCCGAUCUGCGACGCGUCGAGGACCCGAGCUUUUGGCCAUUGUUGGGGUACGCCGUCGGCGAGGCUGCUGGCCGCGAAGUGGUGCUUGUGAUCGGGCUGGAGAAGCGUUCGCCCACCGUAUCCGAUCUCAAGGCAUUUGGCGCUGCGUUUGCGACCACCAGCGGGUCUCCCAUGUUCCAUCUGGCGGGAAUCACUCCCGAGGCGGAACACUGGCAUGCUGGAACACUGCGUAGAGUCAACGUUGGUGUGGCGACGCUCGCCGACACUUGGUCAGAGCUCAACUCGGCUCAAGACGACAGGGUCGACCUCGUAGCGCUCGGAAACCCUCAUCUGUCCCUGGACGAGUUUGAAGAGCUUGCACACCUCGUGGCGGGCCGUACUGCUGCGGUUCCACUCCUCCUGACAUGUGGACAGCAUGUCCUCUCGCAGGCUGAGGCGGCGGGCUACCUUGCGGCCAUCAAGGCGUUUGGCGCACAAGUGAUUACCGAUACUUGCUGGUGCAUGUUGCGCCACCCCGUCGUGCCCACCGGCGUGGGCAACAUCAUGACCAACUCUGCAAAGUACGCACAUUACGGUCCUGGUGAAGUCGGAGCGCGGAUGCACUUUGGCAGCAUGACGGCAUGUGUCAAGGCUGCGUGCGCCGGCAACAACGACAGAACGGUCCCAGGGUGGUUGGCCGCGUUACCUGCCUCGACGUUGGCAACAGGGGACACCUUAGUUGUGGGGACAGUGGCCCUUCAGCACAAUUCGAAAAGAAAGGAACGAUGA